GAGACAUUAGUGCUUUUUAUUAAGGAAUUAUUUAUUUAUACCUAUUGACAAAGAUGGCGCCAUCCGUAACCGAGUUCUACGAGGGGAAGCGCGUUUUCAUAACGGGAGCGACUGGUUUCCUUGGUAAGGCAUUAGUCGAGAAGUUACUGAGGGCCUGUCCAGGUAUUCAUACCAUCUACCUCUUGCUGAGGGAAAAGAAAGGUGUGAGUGGGGAGGACAGACUUAAAGCACUUUGCAAUAACAAGAUAUUCGAGCAUCUCCGUGAGAAGCAGCCGGAUGUUUUCAACAAGCUGAAACUGAUCGCGGGAGACGUCUUGGAAGAUGAGCUGGGCAUAUCCAAUGAUGACCGUCAAGAGUUGCAGCGACAUUGCAAUAUUGUGUUCCACAGCGCUGCAUGUAUCAGAUUCGAUCAGAAGUUAAAAGACGCUGUUAAUAUGAACACGACAGGUACUCUACGAGUUUUAAAAUUGGCUGAAACAAUGGAAAAACUCGAGGCAUUCGUCCAUCUAUCCACAGCAUAUUGUCGAUGUGAACUUGACAUGUUAGAUGAAAAACUGUACCCUGCAGUUCAUAAUCCUCAGAAGAUAAUUGAACUCGUGGAAUGGCUCGAUGACUCAACGCUGAAUUACUUAGAGCCGAAAUUGAUAUCAUCUGAACCCAAUACCUACUCAUAUACAAAAGCCAUAACGGAGGAUCUUGUAGCUGAAUACAGUUCUAAAUUUCCUAUUGCAAUUGGGAGACCGUCGAUUGUAACUGCUGCCUGGAAGGAACCGAUGCCCGGUUGGGUUGAUAACCUAAAUGGGCCAACAGGACUUGUAAUUGGUGGUGGAAAAGGUGUUAUACGGUCUAUGCAUUGUGAGCCUUCGUACAUGGCGGACGCAAUACCUGUCGAUGUUGUUGUCAAUGGAUGUAUCUUGAUAGCCUACGUCACUUCCUUAGAUAAGCCUAAGGACCUUCGUAUCUUUAAUAUAACUUUAUCUGGAGUCCAAAAAAUUACAUGGCGAGAAGUGAUCGAAAUAGGUUUAAAUUGGGUCAACACUUACCCUUAUACAAUCGCGUUGUGGUACCCUGGUGGUACCAUCAAGUCCUACUGGUUUACUCACCAACUCACCGCAAUCUUCGUACAUAUAUUACCUGCAUAUUUAGUUGAAUUUAUUGCCGCGAAUCGCUACGUUCACACCGACAAAAAGUGA